UCUCGCUUAUAGGUUUUCUUCCUCAGCGACGUGAACUGUGAAGCAAAUUAAGAGUGCACGCGGAGGUGUCGAGUUUCUCUCGAGUUCCAUGCGAGGUCCUGGACCGCGCUGAUCUUGCUGUAUCCCAGGAGACGGCGGCAGAUGCGACUGAUUGGCUGCGAGGGGGAUAGCAUCCGCCUGUUGCCGUGGCGACGAAGACGUUUCCGCGCUUAUUUUGACGUCCGGACGGUCUGCUACCGCUGCUGCUGCUCUUCGGCUGGCUGAGGUCUUUGACACGGCCUUCGGCUUCGCGCCAGGCGCAGAAAGUCCAGGUUGUUCGCUAUAGGCGGACGGACUUUGUACUACGGACUGUGCACCGGUAGUGCUGUCCUUUGCGUAGUAAUAUGCCCUUUACGUAGUUCUAGUCACGGUCACGUGGUUUCUUGCCAUCAUUGCAUCUUGUGAGUAUACGAGUGCUUGAACAUGACAUGUUGCUAGCUGCUCCCUUCCAUAGCAGUAGCUGUGGUGUUCAGUCGGACUGAAAAGGUUUUAUACGCCUGUCUGUCAACACGUCGUGGAGGAAUUACCUCGCUUAUUCGUAUACUCCGCUGACUGCCUCGGACGUGUUGAAACACCGUUGUUUUGGACUGAGUAGACCUCGCCUGUGAUGGACACCGUUGGAAUGCUUGCCCAGUUGUUUGGCUUUUGCAUGCACAUAGUCAUACACCCUCGCAGAAUGUUACGUGAAGAACUUGCGGAUUGAUUCAACAUUGUUUUGAAAUCUUUUUCUGCGUCGAUCUGAAGUGGUGCCUCGUAUACUGGUUCGAGCAUAAUUGAAGCAGAUUUUGUGGUGCCGCUAGAUCACGCUACGGAAACGAGACGACGCUGUUUGGUCUAGGAGACAUUCGGCUUCGGUUAUCGUUCGUGGCCGACCGGUGGUCUUGAUUGUGCUCCGGUUUUGAAGCUGAUGUAUUUGUUUUCCCCACUUGGUUUCGUGUGGACCUCAGUGUCGAGUCGCUUUGCCUUUUCGGCAUACGUAUUUAAAUACCGCGAGGUUGUAUAUUUGCUCACUUGAACGAAGUCUCCUUCUUCCUACGCCGCUAGCGAACUAACUGCGCAGUAAGGCUCUUUGCUACUUCGCGACCGUUUUCAUCGCCGAAAAACGCGACUGCGGAGAGAGAGCCAGCGCUCGAAGGAAAGAAGGUCGACUCGCGUUGACAUUUCCUUUAUACGGCUUCUCAGUUGUUGUGACGACGGAAUUUGGACGCGUGGUUACGCAUCGACUGGACGCCGCCCGUGAAACAUCCGUAGGCGUCUUCGUUGCCGGGUCUUUGCUUGUACGCUAUCGACCAUCGCGUGCUUGAAGGCCCGUUGAGGCCUUGGGACGCGCGCAUUUCAGCAGAGGAUCGUUGUUUUUAUUCUCGUUAAGUUUGUCGCCUGGCCUCUCGUGUUUGUCGUGUACGAGGCGACGGACUCGAAGCCGAACAGUGUCCUGUACGGAACAUCUUCGCUACUAAAGGAUUGCACUGCAAGACGACCGCGUGACGCGCGUUGCUGAGCUACCGCGCAUGCGCAGUGUGACAAGUGUAUAGUCCGUGUUCGUGGCCGCAGCCGCAGACUUUGCUGGUUUCACGCUUUGUGGCGUAUAGACCACGUGUUCGGGAGAAACUGAACGCUGAAGCUGCGCGUGGGUUUGGAGACUACGUCACCGCACCCGUAGUGUCGAUAGCGAUAACUCCGGAGCUCAUCCGAUAACUCCGGACCUCCUCUGAUAACUCCGGACGUCUUCCUGUAUAGUGCUCCGGGAGUUGCCCCGUAGAGAACAGGCCUUUCGCGGGGCGGCGCUGUGUUUGUGCGUGCAUCGUGUGACGUGUGUGUGUGUUUGUGUUAGCGCGCACUUGCGUGCUUGUGUUGCUCCUGUGACGGGAUUGGCGGAUGUUCUGCUGCCCCAUGGUGCUGGCGACGGGCAGCGAUUCGUUGAGCCGACGCCACAGCGUUCCCGAUGGUGAGCAGUCUGUGGCGUCGGCCCGGGCGGCUGUGCUGGUCUACGAUGACCACAACAAGAAAUGGGUGCCCAGUGGCUCGUCAAGCGGCCUCUCCAAGGUGCACAUCUACCAACACACGGUCAAUGGCACCUUCCGCAUUGUUGGCCGGAAGCUGCACGACCAUGAGGUGGUGAUAAACUGUGCCAUCCUCAAGGGCCUCAAGUACAGCCAGGCGACGGGCACGUUCCACCAGUGGCGCGACAACCGCACAGUCUACGGCCUCAACUUCAGCAGUAAAGAUGACGCCGACAACUUUGCCGUUGCCAUGCUGCGGGCCAUCGACAUGCUCAACCAAAACAGUUCAACAGGGCCAAGGGUACAGCCGGCACCGCCUCCGGUGCCUCAGCACGCAUCGCAGCCCAUCUAUCAGACCAUCGGCAGUGUUGCACAGCAGGAAGAUACAGACCACCAACGGAACUGGCAAAAUCAGCAACCGGUCCAUUACAUGGCAACAAAUGCAGUGGGCAGUUCCAGCCAUCCGGCAACGCCCGCAAGUGGCCCGCCUCAAGCUCCGCCGCAGGCUCCGCCCUUUCCACAGGCGCCGCCUCAGCUGCCGCAGCAACCUCAAGCCAAUGCAGUCAUGGGGCACCACCGGACGUCGUCUGCGCCGGGAACCAACGGAGGCGCGCCUCCCCCUCCGCCACCGGGCGGAACGUCGGGCAUGAGUGUGGCAGUGGGCAGCGUGGCCGCCAGUGGGCCCCCGCCUGCUCCGGCACCGCCCCCGUCGGGAGGCAUGGCCUCCGGGGGUGCCCCGCCCCCUCCCCCACCUCCGCCUCCCCCCGGGGGCAGCCAGGGCCGAGAAGAUGAUUCGUCACCGCUGUCCCUAGCGGCGGCACUGGCAAACGCGAAGCUCAAGAAGACCUCCAACAAGAUAUACGAAGGCACAGACACGCUGAAGAAGGGGAGUGGGGGAGUGCCCAUGAUGGGCAUGGCGAGCAUGAUAGACGAGAUGAGGGGCACCCUGGCCAAGAGACGAGCACAAGCAGAAAACAGCCAAAGUCAGGAGGCUGAGUCGUCGACAGAUUCUCGAAGGACGUGGGACAAGCAGGGUUCGACCAAUGGCAACAGCCCCAGCAAGGUGGCUGCCAGCGGUGCCGAGUCGCCAAAAUCGGGUCGCGGGCAGCGCAUUGGGUCGCUGGGUGACACGGACGUCAUGAAGGUGAACGGCGUGGACGUGCUCGACAUGGACAAGCUCAAACAGGAGAUCAUGUCUGAGAUCCGCCGUGAGGUCAGCAAGAUGAAGCAGGACAUCAUUGAGGCUAUCAAGAUCGAAUUAAACCGAAGAUAAGGACUUCACACCUCCUGGUUUUCUAUCUGCUGCCAUUCGGUACGGGACUUGAAACGUCGUCGUACGGAUCUCUAUUGCCUCUACAAGUCGCUACCACCAAAAUAUUGAUCGACACACCAUUAGAGCAACGAGGGAUGAACUGACAUUUUCGUGCCGAGGAUGCAGUGAUGGCACUUUUUUUUUUUUUCAUUGUUUGCAAUGUUUUUAGCGAGUGAAUUCUACUGUUUUUUUUUUAUACGCGAGAAAUGUAAGAGCUGUAUUUGUAGUGACGCAUCUUGUCUAUCGUGCACUGCUGUCACCCAUGGCAGCCUCAUCAACCUGUACUUGCAGUACCGUAGUGGGUGUACACAGCUGCAGCCGCGCCAAGUGUCGUUCUCUUUCGUUGCGACAUACUUGCACGACAUUGGCAGGUCUUUAUUGUAAGAGGGCUGCGAGCGUCAUUCUCAUUCUCGGUCUGUAUUCUCAUUCGCACGUUGGGCACUGACUGCCGAAAGUCUUUGCGCAGUCUACUUACGUUGCGUAGCAGUCCGCUUCAGUUUCAAACUUUUUCGUUCCUUGUUCCCAGCCUAACUAGCUUUACAGGUGCACCGAGCAAUAUCAGUUCCUUACUUUUUCUUUCUUCGUUUGUCGUUCUGCCUCGUAAAUUAUAACUGCAGACUUGACCAUGCUUGUUUUGUUUUUGUUUUCAUACGGCGUCUCCAGAGCACAUUUACUAACACCUGAGGCAUGUGUCAGCUUCAACCUCGAACUCUAUCCAAAAUAAAUGUAGCAGCAGCCGCAGAAAGAGAAAGGGUUGGCUUGCGGAGUGCGACGUGUCGACGACAGUGUCAAUGCCUCUACGAUGUUUUCGAGUUAGUUGCUCAGUUCUCUGGGUAGUUCGGGGUCGCCUCGCACCGCUCACUGAUGAAAGGGUGUGAAAUUCGUCCCUUCUGUUACUCGGAAAAAAAAAGGGAGUCGUCGAGGAAGGUGCUCUCGGGGAGUACUUUUUAGGUUUACUCCCGUGACACCAGCUUUCUACCUAGAGUCAUCAGUCUAGUGGGGAGAUGCGCGCGUGUAAGAGCGUUCUUUGCUGGAUGUUGCGCGAUUUUGGGAGGGGUGGAAAAGAGAGAGGGGGAGAAGGACACACAUACUUUGUAGUAUGCUGUGGCGGAGUUUUUUAAUUCUUGCCUUACAAACGGAAGCGUCUUUUUUACGGGAUGUGGAAGGCUUUUUCUGUGCAUGUUUGUACUCUUUGGAGACGAUGUAAUGCUCGGUGGUACUCUGUCCCCUCGCUGUCGAUGUCGCGGUUUCAUGUUUGCGGGCGUGCAGCAAUCCCUGCGUGAGCCAGUAUUCUGUGUACCACUGCGUAAUUGUAGGAUGAAUCGCCGACAGACUUAAUUUAAGGCGGGCAGGAGGGUAAAAGGGCCGAGGUUGACGUAUGUGGUGGCGCCUUUUCAUUGUAUUUGCACUCCCUCGUGAAAGACCUCUAAUGUGUCGAGUCUGUGAUGUUUAUAGUGAAGAAGAGUAAGAUUUCUUUGUGCACUUAAAAACGCAACCGAUGUUUGCUUCUUACAUGUGGGUGUGUGCGUAUGUGUGUGUGUGCGCGUGUGUGAAGAUUGAAAUUGAACUCUUUUCUUUUUUUUUUUUUUUUUGCGGGAGUUAGGCGUAGAGCUUUGCACGAGAAGUAUGGUAUCAAACAUUGUUUAUCUUAGUCUCUGUUUUCAAACACUAUCCGCACAUUUCGUUUUAUUCUUUUUAAGUAUUUUCACACUGAGCAGCAUUCUGGGCAGGCAGGCUGUUGGUUGCUGUCUACGUGGGCAAGGCUUUGUAUUUAGAGACGUGUGGUCGCUCGCUACAACGUGUUCAUUUGCAACAAUGUUUGAUUGGCUGAUGGGAUUUGCAGAGUUGAUGCGGGCCAGCUUUCGUUUAUUUAUAAACGCCGUGUCGUGCGGCGCACGAUUUGAAGCUGCGCGUAGCACGUGCCUGUAAUGAGGAGAAGUGAAAUGCAAAAUUCACUAGCAUCAUGUGCAAGAUCGUUUGGUUGUCCUCACAGUCACUUGGUAGGAAGUUGUCACUUGCACUGUUGACACAUGCAUGUAAAGAAGUGCUUGGUGAAAGAGGCAAAAUUCUUACACGUAACAUCAGACUUCUUUGUGACAGCCGCACCUUUAGGAGUGUCUGAUGGCUGUCUGAUGAAUAAAAGCACAGAAUGUAUAUAUAUAUAUUUUUUUUUGUCCUGGAGAUCCUUUUGUGAAAGGUAACCUUCUUGGUUGCAAAAUGUGGCAUAUAAAAACGUGACAUGAUUGUGGGUAUGACUGAACACGCUUAUUUCUUUCUUUUUUUCCAGCUUUGGGAUUCAUUGCAAGGCAUAUAGGCUAAAAUUUUAACAUCUAAAGAAAGGCAUGCUGCCUUGUAAUCUUUGCAUCUUCACAGGAAGAUGGUAUUUAUUCACUUUUGGUAGAAAAGGGCACAGGCUCAAGGAAAUCUAAAAAUAUUUUUAAUUCUUAGUAGUCAGAAAUGGGGGGUUUUAGCUGUUACACAAGUCUAUGUGGUAUCUGUGCCAGUACGAUACCGAACAACUACGAUCUCUCUACAGUGCAAGCCAACGCAUUGAAUGGGUUCGCUGCAUUUGUAGUGCACCGCAAAUCACGUGAUUAGGCAUUCCAGCAGAAGUGUCUAAAGUUAUCAUUUUGUCAAAGUUGCGAGUGGCUUUCAGUCUCGGUACAUUCAAUAUUUCUUGGCAGGAAACAGAUUUCAGGAAUAGACUGCAGUGUCACAUCAGCAUCGCAUUGUUUCAGUCAGUCUCCUGCCAUGUUGACAUUCGCAAGUAACAAACCGUAAAAUGUUUGGCAAACUACAAGACUUAGUAAAAGGCUCCUUAACACCAAGCACUUCUUUCAUCAACACCAAGCAGACUCACGAGUGUUUCUUUGGGAAAUUAUUGAUAUUCAGUUUUGUUGCAACAUAUUCCUACAGCGUUGGAUAGUUUUUUAGUGCGUUUAUAGCGUAUUAUUUCUUAAAAGGGAGUUCUUCAGUCGGUUAGCUCUUGCUGGUCAAGACGAGUGGAGGUAGUAGUGUAUCCGUGUGUGUUGUACUGUAAGGUCGAAGGAAUAAGCAGAAAGGAAGAAAAAAAAAUUCCCUGUGAGCUCUCUCAAGUGCGAAUUUGCUACGGAACAACCUUCCUAUGCCAGAACUGUGCAAAAUGCGUAUUGGAAGUGCGUUCGUCGCAUACUGUCUGUGGAAAGACGUUUUUUUUCUCCGAGCUGAUCUCUCUCUCUCUCUUUUUUUUUUUCUUUUUGUCCAAGUUGCGCUGGUGCUGUCUUGUAUCAAAUAUCAAGCCAAAUUUGUACAUAUAGUGAGUGGGGGAACACAGUUUUUGAUGUAGCAUUUUGUUCUCUAUUUUAACGUUAGGUUCUUAGUUCCCCUUUACUUUUUUUUUCACUUUUCUGUCUUUUUUCAUUGUUAGGUAUUAUUCCUAGCCAUUUUUUCCAUCUUUUUCUGGCUAUGCAAGUCACACUUGCGGUCUGUCAUGGGAUGUACGUAUUUUUUGCUUCGCUACCGAUGAACACAUCUUUACGAGAGGGAACCAGUGCAAAGUUGUACCCCGGUUGGAUCCUCUUGGCCUUUUUGUGUUUCUUUAUUUGUAUUUUAUUUUUAGGGGAGAGAAAUAAUAAUUAAAGUUUGAGUUGCUUUUUCUUUUAUUGCACAGUAUUGGGUUGGACACCUUUGGUCAAACUGACACUUCUCAGUAGGUUUGAACAAUUGUACUACGCUGCAGUGUUCUGUUCAGUGUUGCAACAUUCUGAAGUUCCUGUUUUCACUGUUGUCUUAUUUCGGUCCUGUAAUGAUGAUCUUUUUGUUUUUUUAGCUGUUGUAUGAAACUUCGAUCAUUGAUUAUUGCGCAGACUCGGCAAUUUAAAAAAAAUAUUUUUUUUCCUUUUUUUUUACUGUUUCCACUUCCUCUGCUAUUCAAACUUCACAUUUUUCUGCCUCAUGCUAAAGUAUUAAAUUUUAGUUCUUGGUAUGAUCAAAGCCAUGAUUUUGACAUUCUGACACCCUGCUCUUUGCAAUAUCGCAAUGUUCCUGCUUACCUGGACGCACUGUCUACAUCGAUAUCAAAAACCUAUUUCUGUGGUGUAGCACUCAAAUCUGUUCCUGAACAGCUUUGGUUUUUUUUUUUUUCUUUGUGUUUGUUACAAGUUUGUCAAGAAAUUGUCCCGGCACAUCUAGGAUGCAUUUAGUUAAAGUUCUGUUAUUCUUGUUUGUCUAGUUCAACCAUCCAUUUGUGCUGGUUCUCAGUCUUUAGGCUCGUUAACUUAUUGUUGUUGCUCGAGAAGGCAAGUUAUGCAACCUUGUGUGUUUACUAAGAUAGGCAUCCUGUCCUUUUCAUCUGGAGUGACUAACCUUAAUUUACAUACUACCACUAGUGUUUCUUGUCUCUUUCGUUUAGCUUGCAGUAUUUAUUUUAGUUCCCAGUUUAGGGAAGUGCACAUUGUGACUUUGUUAGUCACAGUCACAGGAGAAGGAAUAUAGUUUUGAGGCGUGCCUACAUUCCUUUUUAGAAAUGCUCGUUCUUGAAUACCUGGCUCACUGAUGGGAGCGUUAGAUCGUGGAGGGCCAAGGUUUUCUUAAUAUUUUUUUCUUGGGCGAGCUUCUUAAUUUCAUUCCUUUUCAUUGUUUGUUCCCUGGCUUUUGCCCCUUUUUAAUAAUUGUUACGCGCUGCUUUUGUGGUUCCAGGCUUCAGCCCAUUGUGUCAAUUUUCUUUCUUAAGUGCGAGGAAUGUUUUUAUUGCGCAAGUUGUUUGGCCAAGCUCAAUAUCCAGUGCAUCGUAAUGAGCUUUUAUGGUGUGUGUAUGCCGCGCUCUUUCUACUCUAUUGAAAUUGAAGCCUGAAUGAAUGGCAUUAAAGACAUCCUUACGAAUGACUUAGCAAGUUCUGAACCGUGGAGCCAUGUUUUGGAAUGAUUGCUUUUAAGGACAUCCUUCAGUAAUGCCAAUUGGCCAGAUCUGCAAAAGCAAAUGUGUUGAAAAAGAGAUUUGUAUGUGGACACAGCUCCUGUUAUUACGACAGGCAGCAGAGCUUUAAGAUGCUGAGAAAGCUAAGCCAUCAUGCUAGACCAUGUGUCAGGCAGAAUUAAGUGUCAGUACCGAUGGAAUCUUGAAAACACCAUGUCAAGUUUGUCUGUUGAGAUAAACUCACCUGCGACACUGAGUGCGCUCUUUGCAUUCAGUUAAAUUCAUUGGGCAAGACAUGUUGCAACUCAUUGUAUUCAGUGAUCCCCAUUGCAUGCUGGUCAGUGUGCUGGGAGAAUCCGCAGCAUCACAAUGCGUCGAAUUGUCGGUAAUAUUGCAGUGGGCGUUUUUAAUUGCUUCAAGGCACACGUAUUUUAGAUUAUUCGCAGUGUUGCACUUUGAUGUUGUACUGUCGCCUUUAUUUCCUCGCCUCAUUUUUUGCAGAAUUGUUGCAAUGCCAUUCGUCGUUCAAAUGGGUUGGUGCCUUUGUUUUUAAAUGGUCGACAGAAUUGCAUUUGUUCUGUCAGCUUGCCUUAAGUGCUAGUGUUUCUUUCGUUCUCCGGCCUUCCUUAUCGGUGUGUUGGAUUGUAAAAGAAGUUUCUUUUACUGGACACAUGUGGACAUACAAUACAUAAGAGUGCGAAUAAACAUUCAAAGAUAUAAA